CGGAUACCAGUUAAGAAAAAAUGGAGGCGGUAGCAAGUUAUGAUUUCAAUGCGUCAGAACCUGACGAACUUAGCUUUAAGAAAGGCGAUGUGUUGAAGAUUUUAAACAUGGAUGAUACCAACUGGUACAAAUCCGAAGUUAAUGGGAAAACUGGAUUUGUGCCAUCACCAUACAUCACCUUAGUACCAAGUCCAUGGUAUGUUGGUAAGAUAGAGAGGCACGAGGCAGAACAGAAACUCUUGGAAACGACGGCAGGCGGAAAAUACAAACAUCCUGAUGGAGCAUUUCUUGUCAGGAACAGCCAAACUGACCCCGAUGGAAUGUCGCUAUCUGUCAAACAAGGUACUGGAGUACAACACUUUAAAAUCCUUCGCGAUGCACAAGGGAAGUACUUCCUGUGGACAGUGAAGUUUGAUUCAAUCCACAAACUAAUAGAGUACCACCGGCACAACAACGUCACGCGAGACCAGUCAACAAUUAUCUUCCUCAGAGACAUGGGCACCGGGGCUCCAGCACAGGGAGGAGACUCUCUUUUCAAAGCCCGAUGUUUAUUUGACUUCAACCCAAGUGACCCUGAAGAGUUAGCAUUCCGUAAAGGAGACAUUCUCAAUAUUCUCGACCAAAACGACGUCAACUGGUGGAAGGCUGAACUGAACGGCAGAACAGGUCUCGUACCAAAAACAUACAUCGAAGAAAUGUAACGUCCCUCUCCUUCUGGAACUUUCAUCAACUGUUUCUCGCAUUCCACCCGAACAAGCAAAAGAUUUAUAUUUUCCAGCAGUUUUAAGAUUAACUAUGACUUUAGAAAAUUGUAUAUCUUGCUAGGAUUUCAUUUUGUUGGGCAGAUGUCUAGGAUCAUUGAGUGUUAUUGAUUUUGGAAACAUUUCAUUUUGUACAGACAAGAGUUCUGCUGGGCAGAGCCUUGAGAGAGAGAGAGAGAGAGAGCUGGUGUGUUAGGGGGAAAUAUGUUUUUGUUUUUAAAAGGGUAGGAUCACAAGUGAAAUGCCCUGAAAAUAUGGUAUUUAAUGGACGAAUACAAUUAAUUGACUUGUUUUUAAUGAAUUGGGGUGAGGGUGAAUGUAAUAUCCGAGUUAAAUAGGUGUUUAUAGGACAGACUGCCUAUGUAUUGUGCAUGAUAGUAUACUUUGGAAUGUUGUAGGUGCCCUUUUUAAAAAAGUUGCUCCUCUUCCUUAGGAAAAUAGCAUUCAUCCAUCCUUGGAGCUUUAUAAAUAAUUAUUGAACAUGGUAACCUGCUUUAGAAGAUAGUAUUAGAAUAAAUUAUAAGAUCUAUGGGAAAUGUGCUACAUUUUCUCAAGUGUAAGGAAUAGGUGGUUGCCGUGACAUCACCUGGUAGGUGCAGUCGAUUAUCACGUCUCUGCCAUGACCUGAUUUGUAUUUCCCCAAGACACAAAAAAGGAAGGAGAGAGAGAGAGAGAGAGUACAUUUUCCAUCACCAAAGGCAUCAAUAGUUUUUCUUGGAUCUAAAUUGUUUUUAUGUUUAUCAUUGAGUGUUAGGUCCAACAUUCAUGUUUACAGCACAUGAACAAAAGGACAUCAGUAGUACCUUACAAUGUGACAUGCAUGUAUAUAAGACAACAUGGUAAUAUAUACAUAUAGCAACAGGUUGUUAUUAUCACAUUUGACCAACACUAACAAGAAUGAUGAGUUACAGACAGCUUAGUGUGUAGUUUUAACUGUAAAUUUAAUUGUGUUGAUAAUUUGUAUUUUUUGGAAUAUUCUAGGGUAAGAAAUAUAUCUUCAUAUUCAAAGUUUAUUUUUUCCAUGUCCAUACUUGCCCUUCUUUAUUAAGUUUUUGCAAUAUAAAACUUUCCAUCUGUAAAUGAGGUCUGAUUUUUAAUAAAAGUUUUUAUUAUUAUUAUUUAUUUAGGGGUGUGUGAUUUGGUGGGGGGUUUUAUGGGAUGUCCUUAAUACCUAUUUACUAUUUCUAGCCAUCCUUUUGAAAUUUAUGGAGCAAAACAAUUUACAUUUUAUCUUUUCUUCUUUUAUUUUUUUCGUUUUUGUUUUUGUAAAAUAAUAUUUGUCAUUAUUAAUAUUUUUAUAUUGUAAGAUUGAAAAUGUGAUAAUCAAAAUUUUCAACGAUGUCUUUUUAUAAUAUUAAUGUGUAUACCAGUUUUCUAAAUUGUGCCAUUCUCCCUUGCAUGUUAGUGCUUCCACAUAUUAAGAUUUACCAGACUUUGUAGGUGACCACAUGGGCCUGUGCUUAUAACACUUUUAGAGUCUAGACUCGUAUCUUUAAUGACUUCACAGGGGUUGAAAUUGUCCGACAUUCCUGCCAGAUAUUUGGUCUGGUAAUCUACAUAUUCCGCCGGCACGAAUCAAAACCUGUCGGACCAAAUAAUUGCCAGUCCAAUGUUGACUUGCAAAAACGGUUUAGGACAGUUGUAUUUCGAUCCCUGCAUAACAUGCAUGUAGUCAGUGUGUACUGAUGUUUAAGUCUCAAGAUGUUAGAGACUGGAGUCUGAAACUGUAAGAGUUUAUAGGGGCGGGACUAGCCCAGUGGUAAAGCUCUCAUUUGAUGCUCAGUCAGUCUAGGAUCGAUCCCCGUUGGUGGACCCAUUGGGCUAAUUCUUGUUCCAGCCAGUGCACCACGACUGGUAUAUCAAA